AUGGUCUUGGACAUUUGUCCCGAGUUGUACGUCGGUGGCAACGAAAACCACCUCUGGCAACCCGAGAACGAGGAGACCCAGCGGCGGCGCUGGUUGGCCCCGAAGGAAGCGCCAACGCCCGUUUCAGCCAAGGAGCCCAAGGUGCCCAAGGCCGUCGCAGCCACGACCGUCGCGCCAGCCGCCUUAUGCUCGGCUCCAUACUCCACUCCAUACUCCUAUGUCCUCGGCCACGCCCCAGGACAUGAGCUUUCCAGGACUUAUGCAGCUCGCAGUGUCGCAGGCAGGUUUCCGUGUCACACCAAGACGAUCCCAAACCCCGCAGUGAAGAUGGUUGCAAGCACCGCUACAUCUAUUUUCGACCGGAGCCGUUGCCCAGCCGUGCACAUGCAGGGAUUCCAGCGAGGAGCCCCUCCCGUCUACGUCAUCCGGCCAGUGGUGUAUGUCCAAUCUCGAGCUGCUCCACUUCGAGCACACCCAAUGAUUCGGGAGACAUCCUUUCUCGGAGGUUACCGCCCAAUGACGUAUUCCCAGGUUUAUGUACGCAGUCGCGUAAUUCUUCCGCCACGGGUGCUGGUAAGGGCCUAG